AUGGUGCGUGCGAUUUCGGCGUGGGCGCGGCAGGCGGCAACUCUGUUGAUGUUGCUGACUGGCGCUGGCCAUGCGUGCACAGUCUUUGCGGCGGGCAAGGGGGCAACCAGGGAUGCUUCGGUGCUCAUCUCCCACUCGGACGACGGGGACGCAUCCGACGAUGUCCGUUUGAUCUACGUGCCGCCUCGGAACCACAGUCCUGGUGAGAAGAGACCGAUCUUUUUUAGCAGCGGCAAGUUUCCACGCUAUGUGGGAUCGGCCAUGGGCCCUGAUUCGAGAGAUUACAUGCCCAAUGAGUUCACCGCCGGCUUCAACCAGACAGAGCCCAUCGGUUUCAUCGACCAGGUAGAGCUCACCUUCGGCUACCAGACCAGCACCUACGGCGUAAUCAACGAGCAUGGCCUGUCGAUGGGCGAGUCCACCACCUACGCUGUCUUCGGCACCUGCGGCAAGGGCUCCUCGGUCGGCUGCGAGCAUGGGCGCAGCACCGGGUCCGCGCUCAUGAGCAUCGACCAGCUGACGUACCUGGCAUUGGAGCGCUGCCGGACCGCUAGGGGCGCGGUGGAGCUCAUGGGAGACUUGGCAGUGCGGCACGGCUUCUACGGAGCACCGGACUUCGAAGUGGGAUCGGGCGAGUCACUAAUCGUCGGCGACCCCGAUGAAGCGUGGGUCUUCCACAUACUCUCGGACCCCUCUGGCACGAGCGCAAUCUGGGCCGCACAGAGGCUGCCAGACGACCACGUCACCGUCGUGGCGAAUAUGGUCUACUCCAGGGGCGAGUACGACCACAAGUACUACGCGGGCCGCCGCAUGUGGCGGGGCCUGCAGCUGGCCGCGCCCUCGCUCCGCCUGCCAGAGGAGUACGACGACCUGCGCUACGCGUACGACAUGACCAAGGGCGUCCAGGCGGGGCCCUUCGGCACCCCGGACCGCUUCGACUCGAAGUCCGAGAAGGUCAAAGGCCACUGGGAGCGCUCCAUCGCUCUCUACCGCACGGACGAGAGCCCGCUCCUGGCGAGCGUGUCUUGGUAUGGCGCCGGGCCGCCGCACUACACAGCCUUCGUGCCUGUGCCGCAGUUUACGGUGCCCGCGCCAUCAGUGCUCAGCCGCUGUUUUUCCCAGCGCCAUGCCAUGGAGGCAAGGGGCCUCAAGGAUGGGUGGCGUUCGUUGUCGACGCUUUCAGCAGCGUCGCUCUCCACAGCGGCUGACGCCUCUCUCAUUUUGCAGCCGGCGCUCUAG